UUGCUGUAAAGUUGGAGUCUCAGAAGGCUCGACAUCCCCAGCUGCUGUAUGAAAGCAAACUGUACAAGAUCCUGCAGGGAGGAGUGGGCAUCCCGCAUAUACGGUGGUACGGUCAAGAAAAGGACUACAAUGUUCUAGUUAUGGAUCUUCUUGGCCCCAGCCUUGAAGACCUAUUCAACUUCUGUUCUCGCAGGUUUACGAUGAAAACAGUACUUAUGUUAGCAGACCAGAUGAUCAGUAGAAUUGAAUAUGUGCACACAAAGAAUUUUAUACACAGAGACAUUAAACCAGAUAACUUCCUAAUGGGUAUUGGGCGUCACUGUAAUAAGUGUUUAGAAUCUCCAGUGGGGAAGAGGAAAAGAAGCAUGACUGUUAGUACUUCUCAGGACCCAUCUUUCUCAGGAUUAAACCAGUUAUUCCUUAUUGACUUUGGUUUGGCCAAAAAGUACCGGGACAACAGGACACGGCAACACAUACCAUACAGAGAAGACAAAAAUCUCACUGGCACAGCUCGAUAUGCCAGUAUCAAUGCACAUCUUGGCAUUGAGCAGAG